AGAUAUUGUAAGAAAACAAACAAGUUACACUCUAACAAUGGCAGAGAUGAUGAUGAAGGUUUUAUGUGUUGUGGUGGCUUUCAUGGUGGUGUCAACGCCUUAUACAAUGGCUAUUACUUGUGAUGAUGUUGUUAACAAGUUGACCCCAUGCGCAAACUACCUGAAGAAGGGUGGUGCAGUGUCAGCGGCAUGUUGUAAGGGUGUUAAGGGACUGCAUGCGGCGGCUAAAUCAACCCCUGACCGGAAGACCGCCUGCGUUUGUAUGAAGGAAGCAUAUAAAUCAAAUCCCGGCAUCAAACCAGAGAACGCUCUUGUUCUUCCAAAAAAGUGUGCUGUUAAUAUUCCUUACAAGAUCAGCCUUAAAACCGACUGCUCCAAGGUGAAGUGAUUCAUUAUGCAGGGUGAAGUGAUCAGCCUUAUAUUGAAUGUAUGGACAUGGAGACAUGCGUUUGGGUUCCGAAUAUGCAAAAACAUGUAAUAACAACUAUCGGUAAAAUAAAAACUAUAGAUCUGGUUCUCCAUUA